AGACGGACGCGAAUGUGCCUGACAGAAAAACCGAGUGGCGUCAAGAUAAGUCCGUACAAAAACAGCAAACCCGGAAAUGAGCAAGAUUGAGCUAGUUUUAUUUUAUAACGAAAUUGGGUGGAAAACGGGAAUUUUAUUUAUUAGAAUUGCCUUCAUCGGAGAAAGAAAAUAUUAUAUUGCGCUCCUGCUUUUUUGUGAGGAAAACCGUCGUCUUGUUAGGGGACGACAUCGGUUAGCUAGCUGUAUCGUAUCGAUCCAGUCUUAUUGAUUAUUGUGAUGAUUACAUAACGAUUUCUUCCCGUUCCUGCAAAAUGAACCACUUACACUCAGGCUCCACGUGGACUGGCUCGUGUUUUUGUUUGGUGAACUAAUCUGGAUCGGUGCCAGUGUGUUCGCUACUAAAUGACCUGAUUUAGUUAACUGGUUCCAACAUCAAGUGACAAUGACCAGCAUAGCCUGGUAUCAAGAGAAGAUCGGUGCCUAUGAUCAGCAAAUCUGGGAGAAAUCUUUGGAGCAGGCUGAUUUAAAUGGCUUGGACAGCAAACCAAAGAAGAUGGGCCAUAUCAAAUCAGAUCUCAUCGAUGUGGAUUUAGUAAGAGGAUCCACAUUCAGCAAAGCCAAACCCGAGAGUCCCUGGACAGCGCUGACUCGUAAAGGCCUGGUCAGAGUGCUUCUGUUCCCUUUUUUCUUUCAGUGGUGGAUCCAAGUGACGUCCAUGUCCAUCUCCUCAUGUAUCCUUGUGCUCUACUUCAUGCAAGUGGCAGCAAUGGUGCUGUACUUGGAUGUCCCUGGGGCGAGUGCCAGCGAGGUGUUCAUGCCCAUGUGUCUGAUGCUGCUUUUGGGUACCGUGCACUGCCAGAUUGUGUCCACUGAAUCCAGCCGGUGGCCGGCGAACAGUCCAGCCGCCAGCAACACUACCAGCCCUGCACGAAGAAGAAGGCCGAGGAAGGCCAGAGGACUAAAAAAACCAGAAGGGAGGAAUGACAGUGGGGACACAAAGCAGCAGGAGAACUGGCAAUCUGACGAAGGCCAGCGACCUUACAGAAAGGAGGAGCAGAGGCUGUCACAGAAUCAAAGAAAGUCAGGCUUUGGGGCAUCUGACGAGCUUUCCAGUGAGGAGGAGGAAGGAUUACAAUCAGUGGAUAUCAUUCAUUCCUUACCUCAAGAAAGAGAGUUGUCUGCAGCCUGGUCGACAUCAACAAACAUGUCUUCUGUUAGGAAGAGAAAUCCAAAGUCUUUCUCCAAACCAGCCCUUAGACCUCAGGAUGGAAAUGCAGCAACUCUGAGAGAGAGGCCUCCAGCACUGGAGCACCUCUGUGCAAGUGUGGCCUCCCGCCCUGCCUCCGAUACAGACGACACAAUGUGGGAGGAGCUUCUCCAAGGGCCUGACUCUGCAUCCUCAGGGAGCAGUGACAGUGAGGGAAAUGGGAGAUACAGCGCUAACAUGGUCCACCAACAAAACGCCAGUCUGAGCAGCGAUGAUGAGAGCCUGCAACAGAACCAGCUGUCUUGGCUGCAGGCCUGCCACCCAUCCAGAGACCGUGUCAGUGCCAUCAUAUGGGAGCAAGGCGAGUGUAAGAAAGCUGACAUGUCAGUUCUGGAGAUCAGUGGGAUCAUCCUGUUGCGGGUGAAGUUGGUGGAGCAGGGGGUGGGCUACCUCAUAUUUGGUGGAUUGGUGACCGCCACACUAGUGCUGCUUCCCUUAGCCUUCCGCUUGGGCCAGCAUCUUAAUGUAUCAACCGUGAACUCACUGUCACUGACAGAGCUGGUAAAAAUGACAGUGGGCCCUCCUGAUGUGCAGGCGUACACAUUUUAUUUCAUCACAUCGGUGCAAAGAGUCUGCCUCACUGGUCUGUUCUUCUUCAUGAUGUGUGUGGCUGAGAGAACCUACAAACAGAGAUUAUUAUUUGCUAAAUUCUUCAGCCAUAUCACUUCAGCCCGGAAGGCCAAGAAAUCUGAGAUCCCUCAUUUCAGGCUGAAGAAAGUGCAGAACAUUAAAAUGUGGCUGUCACUGCGCUCUUUCCUCAGGAGACGAGGUCCUCAGCGAUCUGUUGACGUCAUCGUCUCCACAAUCUUCCUUUUAGCACUUUCCAUUUCAUUCAUUAUUUGUGCACAGCUUCUGCACAGCCAUAAAACAUUCCUGGAGUCACUGACAAACUGGGAGCUGAUGGUUUGGGGCUCGUCCCUUCUCCUCUUUCUGCUGCGACUCGCCACACUGGGCUCAGAGACCAACUGCAAAUACAGCAACUCCUCAGUACUGCUGACCGAGCAGAUUAAUCUGUAUCUCAAGAUGGAGAAAAAGCCCAAUAAGAAAGAAGAGCUCAACAUCGUGAACAAUGUUUUAAAAUUGGCGACAAAGCUGAUGAAGGAGCUGGAUGCUCCUUUCCGGCUGCUGGGUCUGACCGUGAACCCUCUGAUCUAUAACAUCACUAAAGUGGUCAUCCUGUCCGCUGUGUCUGCUGUGGUCAGCGAUCUGUUCGGCUUCAACAUUAGACUGUGGAAAAUCAAGCCAUAAUGUGAAAACCGCCGAGCACCAGAGACUCUAGUUCCGGCUAUCUGCCGCAGUCGGCUGUUCGUCUGCAAAACCUGUGCGAAUCUACUGACAGUACAUCUGUGCCUUCCAGCUGAAACGUCUUUCUAGGACUUUCACAAGCCUGAGAUGCUCUGACUAUCGCUCACAUCAGCUUUUGUGGUGAUUAACAUUCCAUUAACAGAGUGCCUAAUAUUUUUGACCUUUGAAUGUCCCUCAGUAUGCGGUUCAAGAUGACUGUCAGCUUUUGUGUUCUGAUGUCUGAGGCAUUCUGAUUUCCACGUGUCUAGUACAGAUGUGUAGAAACAAAUUCACAAAUCAACCAGAAGAAAGCAUCAUCGGAGAAGAAUGCUUCCAAGGAAUUACUGGAUUUCCACUGGAAUGUACUGCACAUUGUUACUAUGACUACUGAUGGGUCGUAUCAAAGCAAGCUUUAACUGGUAACUAGUGUUACCCUUGAUGAUAACUGCUAACCAGUGGUGUUAACAUGACUGUAUAUGAUAGCAGUAACUGCUGUUAACGGCCUGUCAGUUAUAUUAAGUGUCUGUUACAAAUAAUAGUAUGCUCUACAUCUGGAAAUCCAGCAAUUCCUGAAAAACUUUUUUUUUCUUCUUCCCCUGUCAGAGUUUUCUUUAUAGUCUCCACAGCUGCAUGUCAGUGGUAUUUGCAUGUGUCUGUUUGUUAGAUAUUACAGUGUUUAUGUGACUGUCUAAAAUACAGAUUUUAAUCCAGAUCUAAAUUAAUGCAUUCUGGCUCCGGCUGUUCAGCCCUUGAUGUGUACCUUUUUAAACUGUGGAUCCAGAUCUGGAUUUUGUCCCAAAUGUACUUUUGCACUUUUUUUUUUUUUUGAGCAGCCAGUUUAAUUAUUUCCAAAUAUCUCUUAGGCCUCAAUUGCAGAUUAUAAUGUAGACAGUUUGUACUUUUAUUUACGGAUGUUUCUCAUCAGUUUAAAUUAAUUGUAAAACAAUAAGAUGUUUUUAUGUGAAUCUACAUGAGUGGCCAUAUAUUCAUAGAAGUCACUUGGUUUUAACCUCCUGGGGGAAAAUGUUUUUUUUUUUUUUUUUUUUUUUAUUCUUUAGGCACUGCCAUUCAUAUUUGACCACAGUGGAAUAAAAUAACUAUGCACAGACAUAGUUCAAAAAAAUGUUUGAUAUCUGUGAAUAAAGUGUUCCUCUUCCGUG